UAUCAAUGUCAUAUUCAGAUAACUCGAAAGAGUCGCAUUUGUGCCGUCAAUAGUGUUUGAGGAACAUAUUUAUCUGAAUUUUAGUUUUUGUUGUUUAUUUAAAAGAGUGUAAUAUGGUUGCAGUUGUAGUUACAAAAGGUCCUAUUCUUGGCAUCCGCCAUCUUCAGACGCUCCUUCUUUUCUUCUCAAUUCUUGUGAACUAUGGUGGAAGGUUGAACAUUUCUGUCUCCCUGGUUGCGAUGACAAAUGCCAAUACGACAAACCCCGAUUUUUAUGAAUUCGAUUGGAACGAGAAACAAAAAUCGUACAUUAUUAGUAGUUUCUAUUGGGGAUACUUUAUAACUCAAUUUCCUGGAGGCUAUAUGGCAAGGAAGCUGGGUGUAAAAGCUACAAUUCUAACAUCCAGUCUUGGCUCAUCGCUGUUAAAUUUAAUAGUUCCUUUGAGUGUUCCCUGGGGCGGUUGGGAAAUCUAUUGCGGUAUUCGUAUAAUUCAGGGACUAUUUCAAGGAAUGCUCUUUCCCUGCGUUCAUGAACACUUGGCCAAAUGGUCACCUAUUGAGGAGAGAACACGUUUAGGUGGACUGAGUCAUACCGGCAUCGAAUGUGGAACUAUUGUGGCAAUGGGUUUAUCCGGCAUUAUUGCGGGUUCGAACUUGGGAUGGCCUGGCAUAUCCUAUGUUUUCGGGGGAAUCGGUAUUUUGUUCUGCAUUCUCUGGCUGAUUUUCGCAGAUAACACUCCCAUUGAUUCUCGAUUGAUAAGCUUUGAAGAAAAAAAGUACAUUCUGACAUCACAGGCUAAUGCUGCAAAUGAAGCCAAACGAAAAAUUCCUAUUCCAUGGAAAGCCAUAUUCACGUCAACUCCGUUUCUCGCCCUCCUUACGGUGAGAAUAUUACAAGGCUGGGGCUUCACAACCAUGCAAGCUCAGAUCCCUGCUUACCUUCAUGGAGUACUAAAGAUGGAUAUCAAAAGUAAUGCAUUGUAUUCCACCCUUCCUUACCUGGCAAUGUGGAUUCUUUCGAAUGUUUACCUUAUAGCUGCAGAAAUAAUUCUGAAAAAACAAUGGACUUCCUUGAGUGUGAUGAGGAAAACUAUGAACACAAUUGCCUUAUGGAUUCCAGCUGCGUUGCUUAUUGCAAUUGGAUUUCUUGACGAAAACCAAAAGACCCUGGCUGUCAUUUUUAUGACACUCAAUGUGGGCUUAAAUGGAGGUCAGACCAUAGGAAGUUCGUUGAACACUAUCGAUUUAUCACCAAAUCACGCAGGAAUCUUGAUGGGAUUGGUCAAUUCCAUUGCAAAUAUUGUUCCUAUUUUGACACCGAUUGCUGUGGGAAUUAUCGUUUACGAUGAGACUCAACGAACCCAAUGGCAAAUUGUUUUCGUCAUAGCAGCUGUACUUUUCUUUUUGGGAAAUUUGCAGUUUCUUAUAUUUGGAUCAACCGACACACAACUUUGGAAUGAUGAAGAUUUUCUAUUGAAGGGAACAAAUGAAAAUGGCCUUAAUGGACAAAAUGCUUCAAAAAUUCAAGCGAGAAAUCUAACCUCAGUCGACCUGGAAGUAUUUUAAAAUUAUUUAUUAAGGAAACAUAUUUAUGUAAGGCUCUUAGUAAUAAGAUUUAUUAUUAUUAUAAGAUCAAGAAUUUGUUUGUGUUUUAAAGUUCAACUUAAAAAGCAGCCUCUUAAGAUAGAGACAAUAAAAUAUUUCGUUUUUGUGUUUUCUGUCUCUAA